AUGACACGUGGAAGAUUUCAACAUCUUGCACCGCCAUGGAAACUCGAAGAGCACAAAAACUGGUUUACGCUUCUUUGGUCACGUUUUGAAGGAGAACAUCAGACCGCCUUCUUCAUUGUGUUGAGAAGUUUGACGAGUUCAAGCUGGAAAAGGCCACCUGGCGGAAGAAGAAAGUUCCGGACAGAGGUGGUGAAAGAGGACCUGAGGAUACUUGGCGUGGAUAGGCAGUUCAGGCGAGACGUAAGGUUUCGCAGAAUGUGGAAUAGCGACGAAUGGAUUGAUUCUGCGCAAGAAUCUCACAGAAGAUCGAGAAUGCUGGCAGAGCAAUGUUCAAGGACGGCACACCUCGGCGAGGAUACGGGUAAUCGCGUCAGGCGAUGA